AUGAUGAACCAAACCGCGAUCACAGAAGAAAUUAAAACCAACAGUGACUACAGUCUUCAGUUGAAUCGAUGGUUUCUAAAACCAAUCGGUGCUUGGCCUUUGUUCUCUACCACCACAAAAUUUGAAAAAACCGUUUCGUUAAUUUUAAAUAUCAUAUGUUACGCGAUUGUGAUAUUAUGCGCGACUCCUAGUCUGAUGCAAAUAAUUUUAGCUGAGGAAAGUUUUUAUUUAAAAUUGAAAACACUCGGUCCUGUGAGCCAUUGGUUUGUUAGCACUGUUAAUUAUACAGCUUUAUUAAUGAAAAGUAAAGAUAUACGUUAUUGUUUCGAGCAUAUGGAAGCUGAUUGGCAAACAAUAAAAAGAAUGGAGGACCAACAGACGAUGCUAAAAAAUGCAAAAUUUGGCCGCUAUGUGGCAGCCUCGUGCGCCAUCUUCAUGCAAGGUGGCAUUUUGUGCUUUUGCUUUGUGACUAUAUUGACGACGGAGACUAUUCAAGUAGGUAACGAGACGAGAGUUCUUCAUGUGCUACCUUGUGCUGUGUACAAAAAACUGGUAAACGUCGAGGAAAAUUCCAUCAAUAUUUUUAUGCUUUGUUUCCAAUUUGUGGCAGCCGCCAUCGCAAAUUCCAGCACAGUUGGAAUUUUCAGUCUCGCGGCUGUUCUUGCCGCUCAUGCAUAUGGCCAAUUAAGUGUGGUUAUGGUAUGGAUCACGGAAUUCGUGAAUCAAUCGAGAAACCAAAAAAAAACAGAUGAUUUUAAAGAAAUAGGAAUAAUCGUAGAACGACAUUUGAGAGUGUUGAAUUUCAUAACGUAUCUUGAGAAUAUAAUGAAUCGGAUAUAUUUUUUGGAAUUGUUUAGAUGCACGAUGAUCAUAUGUAUAGUCGGUUAUUAUAUUCUUACGGAAUGGGCGGAAAAAAAUGUUCAAAAUUUAACCACGUAUUUCAUGAUGCUUCUCUCGAUUUGUUUUAACAUUUUUAUUAUAUGUUAUAUCGGUGAAAUAUUGACAGAACAGUGCAUGAAAAUUGGUGAAGUGGUUUAUAUGACAGAUUGGUAUUAUUUACCCGAUAAGACAAUCCUUAAUUUGAUUUUGAUAAUACUACGAUCGACUGUCGUAGUCCAAAUCACUGCUGGAAAAUUAUUUAAUAUGUCCAUUUAUACUUUCGGUGAUGUGUUAAAAACUGCUUUUGCGUAUUUAAAUCUGCUACGACAAAUGACGUGAUAAAAUAAAAUUAAAAAAAAUUGA